AUGUACCAGUUGCUACGGUAUAUGCAACUCUCGGCAAUAGCCCAAGCAAUCAAUGAGACGGAAUCAACACUGUUAGUAACAUCAGCAGAACUUCUGCCGAAAAUUGCAGUAAUCGGGAAAAAAUGUCCGACAUUGCGUUCCUUAGUCUAUUUCCGUCCCGUGCAUCUUUCGAAGAAGAUUGCCGUCAUGGAUGUUAUUAAGCAGCAGUUCCGAAAUGUCCUGUCAUUGGAUGAGUUAGAAGCACACAAAAACACUGUUCCGGAAGUUUCGCCAGCAAGACGGGGUGACACAGCAUUGAUAAUGUAUACGAGUGGUACAACAGGAGCUGCGAAGGGAGUGAUUUUGACACAUUAUAAUAUUGUGUCAUCGGUGGCUGGAUUGGGUGCCGGUGUACCUAUUAUCUCUUCUACCGAUGUAUAUAUUGGAUAUCUUCCGUUGGCGCAUAUUCUGGAGUUUGCAGCCGAAUUGACAUGUCUG